AAGACCAUAGUGCAAGACGACAACAACGAUAUGAACGGAAAAAAGUUAUUGAUGAUAAAUUAAAUGAGAUGAUGUCAGAAACAAAUGAAGAUGGUUCUCCACUUUGGAUUCGUGCUUAUCUUGAAAAAUGUUCAUCUUUAUCCAAGGCAUACAAGUAUAAUCGUCCUUUCACCGAAAGAUCAUGGAAAAUUCUCAAGCAAAAACUAGUUCGAGAAUACUAUGAAUUGUUGGAUGCAGAUGAAACCGAUGAUACGGAUUUUAAUUGUAGCGAUUUGGAUAAUGAUAACUUUGAAGCCAAAACCUAA